UGGAUUUGAGAGUCCCGCGGCGUCUCGCGAGAGCCGGGGCUGGGCGGUGGGGGCGGUGGCGGCGGGAUGGGAGCGCCGAGAUGCCCCGUCACUGCUCUGCUGCCGGCUGCUGCACCCGUGACACUCGGGAGACCCGCAACCGAGGCAUCUCCUUCCACCGGCUGCCCAAGAAGGACAACCCGCGGCGGGCACUGUGGCUGGAGAACAGCCGGCGGCGGGACGCGAGCGGAGAGGGCCUGUGGGACCCGGCCUCCAAGUACAUUUACUUCUGCUCCCAGCACUUUGAGAAGAGCUGCUUUGAGAUAGUCGGCUUCAGUGGCUACCACCGUCUCAAGGAAGGGGCCGUGCCCACCGUCUUUGAAUUUUCCUCCCCCAAACCCCCCCGGGCCACCAAGCUGAAGCCCCCCGCGCCCAAGAGUGACACCCCAAAACCCCUUCGGGCUACCAGGAGGUGGAGGCAGGACCCCACUCCUUCCCCCCCGGACCCCCCCUUUACUGCUGACGUCUCCUGCUUCCCGGGGGAAGGCGAAGACCCUGGUGCCCCCCCGGCCGGUGACCACGGGGGUGUCCCAGCCCUUCCCGGCCCUUCAGGUGCCCGUGGCCCCCUCCCAGAAAGCCUUUUGGUGGCCACAGGGGACGGAGAAGCCACGGCCACCCCGGCUCUGCCCGAAGGUGCCCCCCCAGCCCCUCCUCGCCCCGUAUCCCCCUCCCUUUACAUGCUGCGGCUGCCACCGCCGGUGGGAGCGUACAUCCAGAGUGAGCACAGCUACCAGGUGGGCAAUGCCCUGCUUUGGAAACGUCGUGCCGAAGCCGCCCUUGACGCCCUCAGUAAAGCCCAACGGCAACUCCAAGCUUGUAAACGACGCGAGCAACGCCUGCGGCUUCGCGUGGGGGAGCUCCAGCAGGAACAACGUGGCCCCCUCGAGAUCCGCCGCACCCCCAAAGAAUCCCCCCCACGGAUGGUGGAGCUGCAGCUCCUCGGGGAUGGCACCAAGUGAAGGGUUCCCGAUGGAUGCAUAGCUCUUCUCCUCCUCUUCCCCGCCCCACUGCCACUGGGAAGGUUUGUAAAUAAAAGAUUUCACCUUUUCUAUGAAAAA